GCGUGCGGUCGGUCCGACGGUUGUACGCGAUCUUAAACCACGAACGAGGUUUAAGUGCAGAAAAUCGAAAUAAAAAGAAAUUGAAAACGAAAAAUUAAAACACUGCUUGAACGCGCCAAACAGAGAACUUUCUGAAUGAAACUUGUUUGAGUUGAAUGCAUUUAAUUAAGGCGCGCGCGCGUUUUGCAAGUAAUUAAACUAAAAGCUAAAUUCUAACUAAGUUCUGUAGUUGUGCAAAAUAAAAGUUUUCUCAGCUUUGCCGCUAACAACAACGCCGACGCCGCCGUCGCAGGUCGUCGUCGCCGUCAAAAAAAGUGCUCAAACAAGAUUUCCACUUGAAAUUCCUGAAUUUCGUUCGCGACGCGCAGCACACAAAAAGAAAAAUAAAAGAAGAAGCAAAAUAUAAAUCGAAAUAUAAAAGCGCAAUACAAAUAUAUACAAAAAGUUUCUGCAAAUGCAGACAGUAUUUUGAAUGUGUUUAUAACGGUGUCUGCAGCUAUUUAUAUGUGUGCAUGUGUGUGUUUUAAUUUUGUGCAGUUUGGCAACACAUUUGGAUUAGCGGCGCUUUUUAUUUACCUAGACUAUGCGCGACUAAACGAUACUUCUACUAUCGCAAUAGCUAUCGAUAGUUUUUGAUAAACAUUUUAUGCGCGCAGCAGGUCACAGCCGAACGGAGCUCACGAUGAUGAAGUUGCUGGCUAGGCGUCUCUGAACUGCUGACAGCCAAGUGCCAGUGCGUAUCUCAAAGAUACAAAGAACAACAACAACAGCAGCAACAACAACAACAACCAGAAGAAGUCUUAGCGCAUUUCCGGCUGGACGCACCUACCUAACACAAAGUGGACGGCUGGCUACCUACGCACUCGCUGCUCGUCACUCGUCACUCGCCACUUUGCCACACGCUACUCGUCACUCGCUGCGACUCAGGCGCUGCCCCUGCAACUGGCCAGCUGCUAUCAGUUCUGCCGUAACGCGCGGUCGCGACGGGCUGCAAAAAAGGUAAAUAAAGUGAGCGCCGGCACAGCAACAAUAACAAUAACAACGACAACAACAAUAACGACAACGAAUAUCGAACAACGAAACACAAUCAAUAUAUAAAUAGAGAGUGCGGGAAAAGCGUGAAAAAUCCGGCAAACGGUCGCCAACAAUCCUUUUGCCUUGCGCAAAUAUUUGUGGAAACGUGAUUGCUGUUGACAAAGUGGCGUCCGCAUACGCACUCGAUACUUUCAAUUAGGCACGUUGCUUUUAAAUGUGCCACAAUGGCGCCGCCGUCCAGGACGACGACACCGUCAACGCUGCAACCACCGACGCGUUGUAAAGCCGCAGCCCUGGCUAAGCCACUAAUCCUGCCCCAGCUGCUGCCCCAGCUCCUGCUGCUGCUGCUAGUGUUCGCCUCUACGGCUCAGGCUGAGCCGUAUUCGGGCGGCUUUGGCAGCUCGGCCAUUGCCAGCGGCGGCCUGGGCUCCGUUGGCAUACACAUACCCGGUGGAGGCGUUGGCGUCAUCACCGAGGCCCGCUGCCCGCGGGUUUGCUCCUGCAGCGGUUUAACCGUCGACUGUUCGCAUCGUGGAUUAACUCAGGUGCCGCGCAAAAUAUCAGCGGAUGUGGAGAGACUCGAUUUGCAGGGCAACAAUUUGACCGUGAUAUAUGAGACGGACUUUCAGCGCUUGACCAAGCUGCGAAUGCUUCAAUUGACGGACAACCAAAUACAUACCGUUGAGAAGAAUGCACUGCAAGAUUUGGUUUCGCUGGAGCGACUACGCCUAAACAACAAUCGACUUAAGGCAAUACCUGAAAACUUUGUGACAAGUUCAGCGAGUCUUUUGCGAUUGGACAUCUCGCACAAUGUCAUCACAACGGUCGGCCGGAGGGUCUUUAAGGGCGCCCAGUCGCUGCGGAGCCUACAGCUGGACAACAAUCAAAUCACAUGUAUGGAUGAGCAUGCCUUUAAGGGAUUGUUGGAGCUGGAAAUACUCACACUGAAUAACAAUAACUUGACCGCUCUGCCGCACAAUGCCUUUGGGGGAUUGGGAAAAUUGCGAGCGCUGCGCCUCUCGGAUAACCCGUUCGCCUGCGAUUGCCAUUUGUCCUGGCUGUCGCGCUACCUACGCAGCGCACCGCGCCUCGCCCCCUACACACGCUGCCAGUCGCCGUCGCAGCUGAAGGGCCAAAACGUGGCGGACCUGCACGAUCAGGAGUUCAAAUGCUCAGGUCUCACCGAGCAUGCGCCAAUGGAAUGUGGCGUGGAGAACAGCUGCCCCCACCCGUGUCGCUGUGCCGAUGGCAUUGUCGAUUGCCGUGAGAAGAGUUUGACGAGUGUGCCCGUUACGCUGCCGGAUGAUACAACCGAACUCCGCCUGGAGCAGAAUUUCAUCACUGAACUGCCGGCGAAAUCCUUCUCCAGCUUUCGUCGACUGCGACGCAUCGAUCUGUCCAACAACAACAUCUCGCGCAUAGCACACGAUGCGCUAAGUGGCCUAAAGCAGCUAACCACUCUCGUGUUGUAUGGCAAUAAAAUAAAGGAUUUGCCCUCGGGCGUAUUCAAAGGACUUGGCUCGCUGCAGCUGCUGUUGCUGAAUGCCAACGAGAUCUCCUGCAUACGCAAGGAUGCCUUCCGCGACCUGCAUAGCCUCAGUUUGCUCUCGCUCUACGACAACAACAUACAGUCGCUGGCUAAUGGCACAUUCGACGCCAUGAAGAGCAUCAAAACGGUACAUUUGGCCAAGAAUCCUUUCAUUUGUGACUGCAAUCUGCGCUGGCUGGCCGACUAUUUGCACAAAAAUCCCAUAGAGACAAGUGGAGCACGCUGUGAGUCACCGAAGCGGAUGCAUCGCCGGCGCAUUGAAUCGUUGCGCGAGGAGAAAUUCAAAUGUUCCUGGGAUGAAUUGCGCAUGAAGCUAUCCGGCGAGUGUCGCAUGGACUCGGACUGCCCGGCCAUGUGCCAGUGCGAGGGCACAACCGUUGAUUGUGCGGGACGUGGACUCAAGGAAAUACCACGCGACAUUCCAUUGCAUACCACAGAGCUUUUGCUCAACGACAACGAAUUGGGUCGCAUUAAUUCGGAUGGUCUCUUUGGUCGAUUGCCGCAUCUGGUUAAACUGGAGCUGAAGCGCAACCAGCUCACCGGCAUUGAGCCGAAUGCCUUUGAGGGCGCAUCGCGUAUACAGGAUUUACAAUUGGGCGAGAAUAAGAUUAAGGAAAUCUCCAACAAAAUGUUUCUCGGAUUGCAUCAGUUGAAAACGCUCAAUCUGUAUGACAAUCAAAUUUCUUGCGUAAUGCCUGGAUCAUUCGAGCAUCUCAACUCGCUGACGUCUUUGAAUCUAGCAUCGAAUCCAUUCAAUUGUAAUUGUCAUUUGGCCUGGUUCGCCGAGUGGUUGCGUAAAAAAUCGUUGAACGGCGGAGCAGCACGUUGCGCUGCCCCAGCGAAGAUACGUGAUGUGCAAAUCAAGGAUCUGCCCCACAACGAAUUCAAAUGCAGCAGCGAGAACAACGAGGGCUGCCUCGGCGAUGGCUAUUGUCCGCCGGCCUGUACGUGCACCGGCACUGUGGUCCGCUGUUCACGCAAUCAAUUGAAGGAAAUACCGCGCGGCAUACCAGCCGAGACAUCCGAAUUGUAUCUGGAGUCCAAUGAGAUCGAACAGAUACAUUAUGAGCGCAUCAGGCAUUUGCGUGCACUCACCCGACUCGAUCUCAGCAACAAUCAAAUCACCAUACUCUCCAAUUACACCUUUGCCAAUCUGACCAAGCUAUCCACGCUCAUCAUUUCGUACAACCGGCUACAGUGCCUGCAACGACAUGCGUUGUCUGGUCUAAAUAAUCUGCGCGUGCUCUCGCUGCACGGCAAUCGGAUAUCCAUGCUGCCGGAGGGCUCCUUCGAGGAUCUCAAGUCGCUGACACACAUUGCCUUGGGCAGCAAUCCCUUGUAUUGCGAUUGCUCACUGAAAUGGUUCUCGGACUGGAUCAAGCUGGACUAUGUGGAGCCGGGCAUUGCACGCUGCGCGGAGCCGGAGCACAUGAAGGAUAAGCUGAUAUUGUCGACGCCCUCGUCGAAUUUCGCGUGCCGCGGCAAGGUGCGCAACGAGAUCCUGGCCAAGUGCAAUGCCUGCUACGAGCAGCCGUGCCAGAACAAGGCCCAGUGCCUGGCCCUGCCACAGCGUGACUAUCAAUGCCUCUGCCAGCCGGGCUACCAUGGCAAGCAUUGCGAGUACAUGAUCGACGCCUGCUACGGCAAUCCCUGCCGGAAUAAUGCCACCUGCACGGUGCUGGAGGAGGGUCGCUUUAGCUGCCAGUGUGCGCCGGGCUAUACGGGCGCCCGCUGCGAGACGAACAUCGACGACUGCCUGGGCGAGAAUAUACGCUGCCAGAACAAUGCCACCUGCAUUGAUGGCGUCCAGUCGUAUCGCUGCGAAUGCCAGCCCGGCUUUACGGGCGAGUGGUGCGACACGAAAAUACAGUUCUGCAGCCUCGACUACAAUCCCUGUGCGAAUGGCGCCAAGUGCUUGGACCAUUUCACCCACUACAGCUGCGAGUGCAUGGCGGGCUUUCACGGCAUCAACUGCACGGAUAACAUCGAUGAUUGCCAGAAUCAUAUGUGCCAGAACGGCGGCACCUGCAUCGACGGCAUCAACGAUUAUGUGUGCAAGUGUCCCGACGAUUUUACGGGCAAAUACUGCGAGGGUCACAACAUGAUCUCCAUGAUGUAUCCGCAGACUUCGCCCUGCCAGAAUCAUGAGUGCAAGCACGGCGUCUGCUUCCAGCCAAAUGCCGCUGGCUCCGACUAUCUGUGCAAAUGCCAUCCCGGCUAUACGGGCAAAUGGUGCGAAUAUCUGACCAGCAUCAGUUUUGUCCACAACAAUUCGUUUGUCGAACUGGAACCGUUGCGCACGAGACCCGAGGCGAAUGUCACCAUCGUCUUCAGCAGCGCCGAACAGAAUGGCAUACUCAUGUACGAUGGACAGGACGCCCAUCUGGCCGUCGAGCUGUUCAAUGGCCGCAUACGCGUUAGCUACGACGUCGGCAAUUAUCCGGUGUCCACGAUGUACAGCUUUGAAAUGGUUGCCGAUGGCAAAUAUCAUGCGGUCGAGCUGUUGGCCAUCAAGAAGAACUUUACGCUGCGCGUUGAUCGCGGCCUGGCACGCUCCAUCAUCAAUGAGGGCUCCAAUGAUUAUUUGAAGCUGACCACGCCUAUGUUUUUGGGCGGUCUGCCCGUGGAGCCGGCCCAGCAGGCUUAUAAGAACUGGCAGAUACGCAAUUUGACCAGCUUUAAGGGCUGCAUGAAGGAGGUCUGGAUCAAUCACAAGCUAGUCGACUUUGGCAAUGCCCAGCGCCAGCAGAAAAUCACGCCAGGCUGUGCCCUGCUCGAGGGUGAACCCAGCGAGGGUGAUGAGGAUGAUGAGCAGGACUUCAUGGACGAGACUCCGCACAUCAAGGAGGAGCCGGUGGAUCCCUGCGCGGAGCACAAGUGCCGUCGCGGCAGUCGCUGCGUGCCCAAUGCCAAUUCCAGGGACGGCUACCAGUGCAAGUGCAAGCACGGCCAGCGUGGACGCUACUGCGAUCAAGGUGAGGGCAUCACAGAGCCCCCAACAAUCACGGCCGCAGCGACGUGUCGCAAGGAGCAGGUGCGUGAGUAUUACACGGAGAACGACUGCCGCUCCAGGCAGCCGCUGAAGUACGCCAAAUGCGUCGGCGGCUGCGGCAAUCAGUGCUGUGCGGCCAAAAUCGUGCGGAGGCGCAAGGUGCGCAUGGUGUGCAGCAAUAAUCGCAAAUAUAUCAAGAAUUUGGAUAUUGUGCGCAAAUGUGGAUGCACCAAGAAAUGCUACUGACUGAAAGAUGCGACUACCCGAUUGCUUACAGAAAGCAAUGGCAGCUUAGAUGUUAGUUUAGGAACACAAUUAAACUUAACUUAUAAUACAAAUAAUAAUAACAAUAAUAAUAAUAAUAAUAAUAGUAGUAAUAGUAGCAGUAGCAGUAGCAGUAGCAGUAGUAUUAACUUUAGUCAUAAGCCGCAUAGCAGUAGAUUAAAUAGCACGGGGCAGCAGCUGCUGGGCGUGGCUGCUGUCAAAAAGGGGCAAGAGGCGGAGGCGGAGGUUGCGUUGGGCGAGAAAGAUGAUGAGGAUGAUGACUAUGCCAUGGAGGACAUAGAAUCCGAUACAGAACGCAUGCAAGCGGAUCUCUAUGACGACGACGAUGAUGAUGAUGAAGAUGAUGAUGAUGAUGAUGGUUUGGACGAGGAGACGAGCUUAUUUGCAGAUGAUGACGAGGAUGACGACGAGGAGCCCGAACAGCUGCCCGAUCCCAAGAGUCUGAUCUCUGCAGCGGCACAACAACAACAACAACAACAGCCGCCGAAUGAAGAGGAGGAGGACAUGGGCUAUGAUGAGGACGAUGAGCGUUUGGCACUGGAACGGCCGCGUACAACGCGUCCGCGCGCCGAUGAAGAGCAAUUUGUUAAUGAGGAGGGCAGCGGCGCCGGCGCCGGCUCCGGCACUGGCGGCUACAAGGCGCGCUUCCGGCCCAACAACAGCUACAGGCAAUUGCAUCUGGAACACAUACGCAAAAAGCUGCUCACGGAGAGUCAACAGCAGCAGGAGAAUGAGCCCGCCUCGGUGGUCGCCGCGGUGGCCGUGCCGAGCACUGCGAUUGAUCUGCGCGAGAGCAGCGGCCAUUUUGCUAACGAUGAUGAGGAUGGCGAGGAUAACGAUGACGGUGUCGAUGAUGAAUACGCUGACAAUGCUGAUGGGGCUGGCUUCUUUGGUUCGCAGCGCUCGAAAAGCGCUUCCGGUGCGAAUCACUAUUUCCGAAAGAAUAGCAACGAUGCCAUUAAGAUCAUAUCCACGCCGCUGGGCAAGGUGGGCAUCGUCUAUCAGCAGACGCCCACCGAUGCCGAUGGCAAUGAUCCGCAGCAGCAGCUGCAUCAGAAGCAGCAGCUGGAACAGCAGGCACAGCAACAGAAGCCAGCGACACAGUUCACAGACUUCGAUGCCUUGUCACCGGAUCCGGAGAGCAGUCAUCGUUUUCCGUCGCCACAUCCGAAAAUAACGCCCGUUCUAACACCCGAUGGCAAGGUGGCGCUGCUUUAUCGCGGUGAUUCGGAGAGCUCCAAGUACGAGCCCAUACGCAAUCUGACGCACAAGUUCACCGGCUCCAAAUCGCCAGAGCUGGCCAAGCCGAACAAUGAGGACAGCUCGGACGACUCUUCCGAUGAUUCCGUCUACACGGACAGCGAGGACGAGAGCGCUGGCGAUAAGCCCGCCCCGGCUUCGGGCGCUGCCGCUGUGACGCCCAAACCGCUGCAGCCGGAGAUCCUGGAGCCGCCCGCCCAUGCAGCAAACGGUGGCAGCUUCAUAAUACGACCCACCUCUGAUUCGCUGCUGCCCAUGAUCAAUCGGCCAUUGUCCGAGGUGCUGGGCAUCAAGAAGAAUCAGUUCCAGGAGACGCGCGUGCGCGAUCAGCUGGCCACGUUGGGCGCCACGCCCGAGGCAACGCCUCGCUCGCUGCUCGCACAGCCAAACCAACAGAGCGAACAGAAGCCGGGCGGCAGCCUGCACUUCCUCACCAAGGUCAAUCUGGCCGAGUAUCCCACAUCCAAGCAGCAGCAGCAGCAGCAGCUGCAGUCGCCGCAGCUGCCCAGCGGACGCGACUUUGACUUUAGUCGCGACAACACGAUGCUGGAUGAGAGAUCGCGUGUCCGUGAGCUGGAGCAGCAGCGAGAGCGGGAGCGCGAGCACAAUGAGGCCACCAGCAAGGGCGGCACAGAGGCGCACACGAUUGCCAACGAGCAGCUGCUGUCCAAAACGGAGGUCAUCAAUUUGGCAAUAAUACCGCAAUUCGAUGAGGACAUGGAGCGCCUGCACGAGAGCAGCGGCCUGGGCAGCGGUCGUCGGCACCAUCGCACGCGGCAUCGCCACAAGCAAACCGAAGAGGAGCUGUCCGGCAUACAUUGCGUCAUGCAGGUCAUGAUGGCCAUUGCGGCCGUAUCCACUGUCUUUGGCAUGCUGGGCACCUUCUUUAAGCAGCGAAUCUUGGAUCAGCUGCGUACGAUGCACUGGUAGUACAACAAUGGGUAUUCGAGUUGUUUCGAAUACCUUCCCGAACCCAAACCCAAACCCAAACCCAAUCUUAAUCCUCAUGUCACACAGUUGACUCGUCUGCAACAACAUCAUCAUCAUCACCAUUAUGCCGUCACAGUCAUUAUGGAGCUACUACAGACUCUUACUUCUACUACUACUAGCACAGGAGGCAACAGUUUUCCCCCUUUACUACUACUACUACUGCUCACUAUAUGGCCUCCACAUACAUACAUAUAUAUAUAUAUACUCAUAUACCAUAUGCCAUAUUUAUAUAUACACACAUAUAUACAUAUACUCUCUCUAUUAGGUAGAGCUGAAAAAUUGUCGUUCAUUUUUGAAGAAUGUUCCACUAAUUGCCUUUUAAUUGAUUCUGCAAAUCUUUUACAUUAUUUUAUGUAAACUUUUUAACAUAUAUUAACACUAAACUUUUUAAUUCAUAUAACAGUCAUACAAGCUCUGUAAACCUCACAUUAACAGCUGCUGUUAUAUUCAUAUUAACAGUUUAGUUACAUUCUACAGUCUUCUGUUAGCGUCACAAUAACAGUUAUGUUAAAUAUUACAGAUCCUUUUAGCUCACAGUUUUGCACUAGUUUUUAUAAAGUCAUGACAAAACAAACUCAAUUCAAGCUUUUCAGCUCUACUUUCUAUAUACACACAGUUAUAUAUAUAUAUAUAAUCCGACGCAUAUAUCGAAAAAAUAAUACCCUAAUUUAUGUAACAAGGAGCGGCCCUGUUUUUGCUUUUUCCUAACUUUCUCGUAUACUUCCGCUUCUUUAUAUAUAUAAUAUAUAUACUAUAUUUAUAUACUUACUAGCAAGCUACCCAGGCGAUGUACAUAUAACAGCACACUAUAACUGAACUAUACGACUAUAUGUAUAUGAACGCAACUGUAGCCCCUGCCAAUAACUAAACAAAAAAAAAACUAAACAUUUUUCCGCCUUUUUCCCGCUAAGCCAACUCGUUUUCAAAUUUUCAAAUCUUUUUUCCAUUCUAUAUCAAUUUUCCAAACAUUCAUACACACUUCAACACACAAAAACAAACCCACACACACACACACACGGUUGAGUGUAUAAGCUUUAAGCAAGUCAUUGCAUGUGCCACGCCCACACGAACAAUGCCCCGCCCCACGCCCAACAGAAAGAAAAAGAAUGAAGAACAAUUAUAAGAAAAAUGAUAUAUAUGAAGAACAUUCCCCCCGUCUGCGCCCCGUCAAAGUGAAUUGAAUUGUAGUAACAGUUUCCUUUUGUAGAUAGAAUACAGUUGUUUAAAGAUUUAAAAAAACGAUAACGAUUAACGAUAACUCGAUAACACGAUAAAACAGCUGCACACCACAACUUGUAACGGUCGUUUUAAACGCCGAAGUACACUCAAAGAAACGAGUAAAAACGAUAAUAAUAAUAAGCGUGCUUAACGAAAUUCUGUUUAAAUUAAGUAAGUUGCUCAACAACAAAAACAAAACGUAAACAAAAAGAACAACAACAAUAAGCAAGCACAAACAGAGAACAAAAAGCUUAACGAAUUUUCAACAAUUGUUGCUAUGUGUUUUUCUAGCAUUAGUUUACAAAUAAUAGAAAUUAUAAAAAUAAUAAUAAUAAUAAUAAUAAUAAUCGUAAUAAUAAUUACGUUAACUAAAUGUGUGCUAAACGUAAAUAACAUUUAAAACGAAAAGCAAACAAACAACAAAUUAAGAAAAUCCUAAACAUAAUCGGAUAACAAACAUCUAAGCUGGGUAGUCGCAUGUAAAUCUCUAACAAUUAACCAUCUAAGUUAGACCUAAUUAAAUAUUACGAACAGAAACAAAAACAAAACAAAAAACGAAUUGCAUUUAAAAACCUUAA